UAUAACAAGUUGUCCUACCAUAAGUCAAACACUUUUGAGUUAGUUCUCAUUGCGAUCUACUCAAAUUUCAUAAAUCAUAUCCUGGGGAUUAAACUAACAUUUACUAACUACUGUACACAUUUCUAUCUGCUACUUUUUUAUGUAUUUGUACUCAAUUUUUUAUUAUUAUUCAUGUGUUUUGUGCCAUUUGAUGCCCGUACGUACGUAUUAAAGCAUGCUCAAAAACAUUUUCUUGGGGUAUGUUUUAUAUAUAUCGGGCUUUAAGUAUAUUUCAUAAAGCAGGGCUACUCAACUAUUUUUACCAAAGAUUCUUAUAUGGGACCUAAAAAUUACUGAGAUUUGGUCCUUUCAGAAAAUAUAUUUCGAGGUGCGUCUAAAUAUAUUUUGGUGCCUCUAACUUAAAGUGAUAAAAUAACCUGAAAUUAUAAAUAAAGGUCACCUUCACAAUGUUUACAUAUCUAAAGUCAAUGGCGUCAAGGCACCAAAAUAAAGAAUCAGACUCAGGCCGAAUCGGAUUCUCGAAAGGUCUGGAUUUGGACCGCAGUCCACCAGUUGAGUAGCCCUAUCAUAUAGUAUAAGAGUAGAGGUGUUGUGGGGAAAUAUUUCUAAUUUUGGGCCCUGGUUCACGUUAUGGCCUAACCUAUUACACAUACUACGUUCCGGUGUCCGCCAUCUUGGUUCACAUACUUCGGGAGUAUCGUUUUGGAUCGUGAAAGCUUGCCAAGGGUUACAGAAUAUUUUAAGAAUGCGAUAUAAAAACUUAUACACUGAAAAAUUUGAUAACAGUAUGUAUCAAGUUGAGACUUUCAUAUUUACUGCGUGGAGGAGGAAUGCCAAUGAGAUCCCUCAGUCAUAUGGCAUGUCAUUCUAGGUAUACAUUUUCAGAUGUAUGGACUGGAUAAUGGAGGUUAUAACUGACCAGCAGUAACAUGAACUACAUUACGACAGUGGCGAUUUAGCAAUCUUCUUCAACAUAAUUAUCUCCUACAGGAUUUAAUCCAGCGAAUCUGUGCAAAUUAUAACUUUCAAGAGGCACUGAAAUAAAAAUAUAACAUGCAUGGACUAACAUUGAAUGACAAAAAAUAUGUGAAUAUUAAUUGGUUUUGCUAUAUUGAAGAAAAAUGCCAUGAAUGAUUGUAAUUUUUUUUAAAUAUCUGUAUGUCCACUUUCACUUAAUUGUCGUUGGUCAAUGUUAGUGAGACAAUUUGUUUCAUAAGCUUGUCCAUGACCUUAUAUUUUAAUUGAUUAUGAAUGAAAAUUAUGUUCAUAGAAAAACUAGUUCCAGAAAAUUAGUUAAGGGAAACAUAAAAUAAUUAUGAUGGAGGAAUCUGUGAAUGGAAAUAUUAGUGAAGAAGAGAAUGAUUCAGAGCAGAGUGAUGAUGACGGAGAAUACUUUCCUGAUAGUGAUGAUGAAGAGGAAUCUGUCUCAUCUGUAAAAGGAUUCAAGAUCAAAACAGAGCCAGUAUCUGAUGAAGAUUCACCUGAAGAAGACCAGACAACUAGAUCUUCCUCUUCAGCAAUACAAAAGAGGCAUUCUGAACACAAGCUGGAAGUUGUGAUACCAUCACACAGGCCUAAGAAGGUGCGACCUAAUACACAAGAAGAGAAAGAGUACAACUGGACGAAAUCAUUCUCUGGAAGAGAUAUCCCGCCAUUUGGAGGUCAGCAACGGGUUUGCAGUAAAGAAUUGGGCCCAAGAUCGACUCCCUUGGACUGUUUCUCGCAAUUUUUUUAUUCUGAAGUAAUUCGAUUCAUUAUUGAUAUGACGAAUCUUAAUGCUGUGAGAAAAGUGCAGGGUGAAGAAACAGCGUUGUUUUUAAAAACACAAUCAUCAAACGAUCCAGAUUUUUCCAUCAAAGUAGAAACUGUUUCAAACGAUGCAAGUAAAAAAAGUUGGAAGUUUGUUGAUGUUGAUGAAAUGAAUGCUUUUUUGGGACUUAAUAUACUUAUGGGAAUAAUUCGUCUCCCACGUCAAGCGAUGUACUGGCAAAAAAAGAGCUGGAUUCUUGAUAUACCAAGUUUCAAUAUGAUCAUGCCAAGAGAUCGAUUCAAUAAUAUUCAGCACCACCUGCAUUUUUGUGAUGAACCGUUGGCACCUGCAGAAGAAGAUCCCGAAAAAGAUCCUGAAAAGUUCUUGAAGAUUCAUGGACUCUUGGCACUUCUUUUGCCACGUUUUCAAACCUGCUACACUCCUGGAAGAGACCUUCACAUAAAUGAAUCCUUGAUCCCAAUCAAGGGGAAAAUUGGGUUUCGAAAAUACAUGGAUCAUAAAAAAUAUGGGAUCAAGCUCUGGUUUUUAACUGAAUCAUCGACGGGAUAUGUAUCUAGACUACAAUUUUACACGGGAAAAAAUCAAGCUGUGAACCCAGAAAGUGGUUUAUCCUUGCGUGUUAUUAAAUAUUUGAUGAGUCCAUUUGAAGAGCUUAACCACCAUUUAUAUGUGGACAACUUUUUUACAAAUCCUGAAGUGUUUGAAUACCUAUUGUCGAAAGGAAUAUAUGCUUGUGGCACAAUUAAUACAGACUGUGUGGGAUUUCCAAUGGAUCUCAUAAUGGAAGAGACUUGCAAGAUGGGUGAGAGUGAUUGGCGAGCAACAGGAAAUUUAUUGGCUCAGUCGUGGAUGGACAAUGGAGCUUUGUAUUUUUUGUCAACCAUUCACGACCCUGAUUAUGAGAAAGGUCAUUCUGAAAGAACAAUUACAAAAAGGAGAAGGGGUCAUACAAUAUAUGGGACCGUCGAAACACCAUGCCCCCCUCUUGUGAGAGAAUACAAUAUGCAAACUGGACGUUUGGGUCUAGCAUAUCAAGUACGAAAAUAUGGCAACACGGCGAGGCGAUCAAGAGUCUGGUAUAGAAAAGUUUUUUCGUAUGUGAUUGAGGUGGCUAUUAAUAAUUCUAUGGUAGUCUAUGAAAAAGUGACUGGAGAGAGCUGUGAUGUCUUAGAAUUUAGGGUAAAACUUAUGACAUCUUUGAUCGGGAACACUAGAGCACCUCAGUACACCACAAAUACAGUUUCUUUAUCACUUGCCAGACUUCAAAAUGCUGGCAUCCAUCACCCAGUGUGCAUAGAAAUACAUCGAACAUGUUUGGUAUGUUCCAAGAAAAAUCAGAUGGCUGCUGUCAAUGAAAAAGUUAAGUGGACUUCGCGAACAACUGUACAGUGUAGCGAAUGCAAUGUUCAUUUGUGUGUGCGCAAUGGUAAAGCUUGUUUUCGUGAUUGGCACACCAAGGUUGAAUAUCGGAAGUGA